AUGUUUCCUCGUUUCAUCCUGCUGUCGGUGGCGGCAUUCUCCACUCUAGGUCUGUCUGUCCCUGUCGUGGAGCGACAGCAGCCUGUACUCCCCACGGAAGAUUCCUUCUACAAGGUCCCUGAUAAUAUCAAUGACUACCCCCCUGGUACUAUUAUCGACUUUCGCAAACCACCCUCGCCCAUUGCUGCAUUUGGUGUGUCUCCUGUCAACUUGAAAGACACUUGGCAGAUCUCCUACAGAACCAAUGACAACUUUGGCAAGGCUCUCUCUACUGUCCUUACCGUCUUGGUCCCGUACAAGGCCGACUUUACAAAGGUCCUUUCAUACCAGGUUGCCGAAGAUGCGGCUUAUGUCGGCUGUGCUCCAUCCUAUGCCCUUCAAUUCGCCUCUGCCACUGGUGGACCCCUUGGAACCAUUGUCACCCAAGCAGAGCUUUUGCUGAUGGAAGCAGCUCUCGAGCAGGGAUGGGUCGUUGUUGCUCCAGACCAUGAAGGUCCUGACGCGGCUUAUCUGGCAAACAAGCUUGCUGGAUAUGCCACCCUUGACGGAAUCAGAGCUGCCAUAAACUCUGCCAACUUCACUGGCAUCUCCAAGAACCCCACCGUCGCAAUGUGGGGAUAUUCUGGUGGCAGUAUCGCGUCAGCUGCAGCAGCAGAGCUUCAGCAGUCCUACGCCCCAGAGCUUCGCAUUGCUGGUGCUGCACUUGGUGGUACUGUGCCCAACAUCACAUCUGCCAUCAAGAGUAUUAACGAGGGACCUUUGGCUGGUAUUAUCCCUCCUGGCAUGAUCGGACUCUCUAAGCAAUACCCGCUCCUCAAAUUGGGACUUGAUGCUGCUGUUAAGCCAGAGUACAAGGCUAAGUUCGACGCUGUUGGAAAGCAAUGCUUUGUGGCCGAUAUUCUUUCGUUCUUGGGACAGGACGUAGUUGGAAUGCUCAAAGAUCCUGCCAUCUUGACACAAGAACCCGCCAAGAGCAUUUUAGACGAGAAUGCUCUCGGUAAACACAGCCCCAGCAUCCCUCUGUUCAUUUACAAGUCCAUACAGGAUGAAGUCAGCCCCAUCAAGGAUACUGACGAUCUUGUCAAGCUCUACUGCUCGGGCGGUACCAAGGUUCAAUACGAUAGAGACUUGCUCUCAGAGCACGGUUCGCUCGCCAUCAUUGGAGUUGGAAAGGCUCUGGCGUGGUUAAAAGAUACCAUGAAUGGCAGGAAAGGGCCAAGCCAGUGCAAGACCAGUAACGUGGGGUCUUCACUCCUGGACCUUAGGGGUUCAGUCACACUCUCAGCUGCUUUGAUUGAGGCCCUCAUUGAUCUGGUGGGAAAGCCAGUUGGUCCUAUCAUUGGCUAG